GGCAUCAGUUGAACGCUGUUUCCUAAUCAAGUUUUUAGCAAGUAAUUCUCUCUUUACAACAUGUCUGGACGUGGUAAAGGCGGCAAAGUUAAGGGAAAGGCAAAGUCCCGUUCGUCUCGAGCUGGUCUGCAGUUCCCGGUUGGACGUAUCCACCGUUUGCUGCGGAAAGGAAACUAUGCCGAACGAGUUGGUGCUGGUGCUCCCGUGUAUUUGGCAGCAGUAAUGGAAUAUUUGGCUGCUGAAGUUUUGGAGUUGGCAGGAAAUGCAGCUCGUGACAAUAAGAAGACCCGUAUUAUCCCGCGUCAUCUGCAGUUGGCCAUCCGUAACGACGAGGAACUGAACAAGCUUUUGUCUGGUGUUACCAUUGCCCAGGGAGGCGUCUUGCCGAACAUUCAAGCCGUGUUGCUGCCCAAGAAGACCGAAAAGAAAGCUUAAAUUUCAUAUUGACCCCGCUACUAAAAAAAAUCCGUCCUUUUCAGGACGACCAACCACUUAAAAGAGGAGUUAAAGCAUUUAUUUAGUUAGUACCUUUUCUGUAUUAUAUUUACUACCAUAGAGAAUAAUUCCUGUAGAGGGGAUUCUUGUCAUUAGAAAUUUUACAAAGUAAUCCCGAUUUGAGCAGUGAGUUUUUGCAUUAGGCGAUAUUGUAUCGAUAUCAAAUAAAUCAAUGCUUUCUACACGAUAUUGAAAUUUUACGAUUCGCGAUAUCUACACACUCGGUGA